CGCCCACCGCGCGGGGACCGCAGGUGUCGCCGCUCUCCCACCGAGCAUGGGGCUGCCUCGCCGGGCGGGGGACGCCGCAGAGCUGCGCAAGACCCUGAAGCCGCUUCUGGAGAAGCGCCGACGUGCGCGCAUCAACGAGAGCCUCAGCCAGCUCAAGGGGCUCAUCUUGCCGCUGCUGGGCAGGGAGAACUCCCGCUACUCCAAGCUGGAGAAGGCGGACAUCCUGGAAAUGACCGUGCGCUUCCUGCAGGAGCUCCCUGCGUUUUCCUGCCCCGCGGCAGCGCCCGUGCCCUCCGACAGCUACCGCGACGGCUACAGCGCCUGCGUGGCGAGCCUGGCUUGCGUGCUGCCCGCCUGCCGCGUCCUAGAGCCCGCCGUGAGUGUGCGCCUGCUGGAGCACCUGCGACGGAGAGCUGGGGGCGCCACCCCCGACUGCGGGCGCGCAGGGCACUCCGGGGGCCCGCCCUCGCCUGCUCGGCCACCCACGCCCCCACCCGCGCCCUCGCCGCCCGCGCCUCCGUGCGGCCCGGGGCUCUGGCGGCCGUGGUAG